CCAAAGGCACCACAACUCUGUUUCCGGUUGGACCAUAAACCAGGGGGACUUCCGUUGGUGCUUUUACUUGCUGGAUAACGAUGGCUUUCCCAGAGUUUACAUCGGAGUAAUUAAACUCAAAAUUAUCAUCCCAAAAUCCGAAGCUGAUGGCCAGUCUAGCUCCUACCAUCCCAUCUGCUCUCGCCUCAUUUCUUUCCUCGUUGCUUCCCCGCGGCUUCGCUGUGGGGCCAUCACGGCUCUGCGAGGGCAUGCUGGGGCUGUGGUGGGUUGGCCGCUCGCUGGAGGCUGGAUCCCUGCUGGGGAGGGAUGGGGACACAGAGUGGGCCUUGAAGGAUCACACUAACCCGAUGACUCAAAGCCGAGAUGGUGAACUCACAAUGAACUCUGAGUCCAAAACAGCUCAGACUAACAGCACAGAGGCAGAAAAGGCACUAAUGGAGAUGGCAGCAAAUAAAGAAGCUUUACUACAAAGCGCCGUCUGGAUCAAAUUUGCCUGCCAGGCGCAAUCCAGAGUCCAGCAGAACGUGGCAGUGCACUGUGCCUGUGGAGAGGCGUGUGUGGGCGAGUGCGUGGAUGUGUGUCUGCGUGUGUGUCGGGACAUCAAGCCAGGAACAGAGCUGCUGUUGUACGGAAACGCUGUGGGAAAAAGUCAGACAACAGAAAAGCCUGACGCACAGGACCACUCCGCUAGACACGCAGAUAACAAAGUGGAACAGAUAAAAGACCCAGAGACUGUAGUUACCAACAUAUCGAUCACUCAUGGAAAGGAAGAGGAGACUGAAGACAAACAGGAGGAAGAACAGAACAAAAACCAAAGCAGAAGCAUCAAGAGAAGACACCCAAACACACACAUGAGGAAGAGGAGAGCCAAGAAAAUCCACACAGACAGAACAGCUAACACAUCCAAUAAAAGUGUCGCAACCACAACAGCAGGUGGACACACAAACAGUAGAGGCAGUGUCCCGGCUGUUGUGGACCGACAGUCGCGCUGUAAAUCUGCAGACGGACAGGCAGACUCGAGAGGCCUCUCUGCACCUCCUCCUGCCCGCUGCAGCUCCCGCCUAGCUGCUAAACCGCGUCGCGUUCACUGUCUGACCAGCCGAGGGAAGCAACCCCCUGCCCGCCCCGACCUGCCCAAACAGACAGAGGGACGGUGCCGGAGCGCCACAGAGGGCUCCAAGCCUGUCACAGAAAAGGAGGUUUCCGUGAAGAUAUCACACCAGGAUGCUGUGGCUAUUUCAGCUGCCUAUGUAGCCGGGGCGGCGUGGCGUCCAGAGAUCAGAGAGAGGCGCUACAGAUGUUCCAGCUGUGGCAAGAAGUUCUUCCAGAUCGGUCACUUAAAGAAACACCAGUUCAGUCACACAGAUGAGAAACCCUUCAGCUGCCAAGAGUGUGGGAAAAACUACACCUCUGCAGAAAGCUUCAGAGCCCAUCAGAUGAGUCACCGCGGAGAGCGUCCUUUCUCCUGUCCUCACUGUGAGAAGACCUACGGCCUGAAGCGGGACCUGAAGGAGCACAUGGUCCUGCACACCGGAGAAAAGCCUUACGUCUGCGAGCACUGUGGCAAGGCAUUCGCACGCCGCCCCUCCCUACGCAUCCACCGCCUCCUUCACUGCAGCAGAAUGAUUUACACACAGCCGCCUAAGGUGCAGUGUGCUCUCUGCCCCAAGCUGCUGGCUAACUCCGGCUCUCUGAGGAACCACAUGAAGCUCCACACGGGGGAAAAACCUCACAUCUGCCAGCACUGUGGGAAGUGCUUCAGUCAGAAAGGGAACCUCGAGUGCCAUCUGAGAAUUCACAAUGGAGAGAAGCCGUAUCCCUGCUCCGAGUGUGACCAGAGUUUCUCCCAGAAACCAGAACUCCGUCGGCACAUGUUUUCCCACACCGGCGGAGGUUUCCUCUGCAGCUACUGCGGAAAAUCGCUGAGGGACCCGCACAGCCUGAAGUCACACGAGAGACUGCACACUGGAGAAAGACCCCAUCGCUGCCCUAUCUGUGGAAAAGGCUACACCUUGGCGACCAAGCUGAGGAGACACAUAAAGUCGUCUCACGUGAUGGAGAAGCCGUACAGCUGCCACUGUGGUGCUUCCUACACUGUGAGACAAAGUCUGCAGAGGCACCAAGCUCAGCACAGGACUGAGGGAGGAAGUCAGGAGGAGGUGAAGGUGGCGGAGUCGGAGGGAGGACACGGAGAGGAGGAGGUUGUGCAAGAGGUAGCAGCUUUAGGCUCCCGUCACCCAAAGCCAAUCAGAGGCAGGCCCAAGAAGAAUUCGCUACCUCAAGGGGAAGGCGUUGAGGAGGAGGGCCAAGUGAAGCGGAAAAGGGGACGAGGAAAAGGGGAGGAAAAGGAGGCGAGGCAAGAAGAGAAAGAGACCUCGAGAGCAGACAGGGGAGGAGAUGGAGAGGCUUCAGGUGACAUCCAACAUGCUGUCAUCUACGUCCACACAGAUGACCUGUCCACGCCAAGCUCCACCCCUCUGCUCCUCGCCUCAGAGAGUUCGCUGCAUGCAGGGACAGAGCAGGAGCUGGUGGAGGUGGUGAUAUCAGAGGGCGCAGAGCAGUGCAUCGUGGUCCACGGGCAGCCGGCGGUAGGAGAGCUGCUGAUCCUACAGGAGGAGGGCAGCGGACUCUGCUCUGUGGCGCAGACAGUUGAGAUAAACACAGUGUAGUACAAGGAUCCUGUCAUCUCCUCCACCUUCCCUCCUCCUGCCCUGUCUUCAUUUUCUUCAGCUUAUUAUUAUUAUUUGCAUACCCCAGAUUGCCUUUGAACAACCUCUACAGAACAGAUGUGAACUCAUUAGACAUUAUUAGCAGCUGUGACGUUUCCCAGUCGACAACUAGAGAAGUAAGAGUCCUGACUACUACUUAGAUGCCAGCAUGUUUUGUUGCAUUGAGAGGUAUUUGCUGCUCGUGUAGAAACUGUUCCCUGAGCUUCUUCAAGGGUGGAUUUCUUUAGUUGUGGUUGUUGAACAUCAGUGCGCUGUUUGAUUCUGAGUGGCUGACAGCUAAAGCUGACAUUUACUGCUGAUGCUUAAGAUAAAACAAAUACUUAAGCUGUCACAGUACAUUGAAGUUCAACUGGAAGUAUCUCAACGUGAUAUAUCUAUCUAUAUCUAUCUAUAUCUAGUGUUAAACAAAAUAAAACAGCAAAUACACACAGAAAUGCAA